UCAGCCGAGAAGCGGGACGAGGCGGCGACGAUUGAUGGCGCGGCCACGGGCUGGUGGGGGGGCUCUUCAGGCCCGGCCCCGUUUGGGCCUCGGUUCCUGGAAAAGCGACUCGCGCCCCUGGGAAUCCGCAGCCCCAGACUCCAGUCGCGCUUCUCGCCCGGCGCCGCCGGAAAGCGACCCCUCCAACGCCUGCCGGAAAGCAGCCCGGCCCGGCAUUUUACGACGUUUGCAGUGCUACCCUUUUCCGCUCCACGGUGACCUCCGUGCGGCCGGAGUCUUCCUCGAUCCCGUGGUGCUCCGCGGCGCGGCCUUGCUCUCUUCCGGUCGCGGGACACCUGGCGUAGAGGGCGGUCGCGGCGGGCAGCGACGGCAGAAUGUUGGCUACCAGGGUAUUUAGCCUAGUUGGCAAGCGAGCAGUUUCCACCUCUGUGUGUGUACGAGCACAUGAAAGUGUCAUGAAGAGCGAAGACUUUUCGCUCCCAGCUUAUGUGGAUCGGCGUGACCAUCCCUUGCCGGAGGUGGCCCAUGUCAAGCACCUGUCUGCCAGCCAGAAGGCCUUGAAGGAGAAGGAGAAGGCCGCCUGGAGCAGCCUCUCCAUGGAUGAGAAAGUCGAGUUGUAUCGCAUUAAGUUCAAGGAGAGCUUUGCUGAGAUGAACAGGGGCUCCAACGAGUGGAAGACGGUUGUGGGCGGUGCCAUGUUCUUCAUCGGCUUCACCGCGCUCAUUAUCAUGUGGCAGAAGCACUAUGUGUACGGCCCCCUCCCGCAAACCUUUGACAAAGAGUGGGUGGCCAAGCAGACCAAGAGGAUGCUGGACAUGAAGGUGAACCCCAUCCAGGGCUUAGCCUCCAAGUGGGACUACGAAAAGAACGAGUGGAAGAAGUGAGAGAUGCUGGCCUGCGCCUGCGCCUGGCUCUGUCACCACCAUGCAACUCCAUGCCUAUUUACUGGAAACCUGUUAUGCCAAACAGUUGUACCACUGCUAAUAAAUGACCAGUUUACCUGAAA